CGAUUUGCUCUGUGCUCCGCAGCUCUUUCUCGUUGCAGGCAGCCAUCUUGCCUGGAGCUUGAGACAGGGAGAAGAGAGAGAAGGAACCGGUGACACUGGGCUCAGGGUCGCCGGGGGGGGGGGGCGCCUCAAGAGCUAGGGGUAGCCCCGGAGGUGGUCCUGGAUCCUGAGCUAUGCUCUAGGACUAGAAAAGGGAAGGCGGAGGGCAGAAGGCUUGAUGGGUGGGGAAUGUCAAACAAGACUUGCUAUGGGGGGGAGGGGCGUUGCUACGGCAACUGGAGAGGGCGGGGUCAUGUCUGAACUGCUGCUGUGAGUCACCGGAGUGCUGCCCAGGAAAGGCAGGGCUGGGGUGAUGACCACGCUAACGACCCAGUGGGAUUUCGCGACAUCACCUGUGUGGAGGGACUUCGUGUCUAUGGCAACUGUCACCUGGUGGGCGGAACUAGAUUUUCUCUGCCUGGGACGCUGACAUUCCAAGCCCUUGCCCUGCAGGCUCCCGCAGGCAGACAAACCAAAGAAGGAAGCCAGGGAAUGGCCGCGGUGUGGCAGCAAGUAUUAGCAGUGGACGCGAGACUGAUAUUACAGCUGGCCCAGACUGACCCCAACAGAGCUGCAAAUUGACUAUAUUGUCGCUAGAGUGAUCUUUUCAUCAUAACCACUAAUUAUUGCAUAAUUGCCCCCCAUCACAAUCCCAAGAGAAAUCCCCCUUUGCUGCUCUUGUUCACUCUUACCAUCCCAGUCACUGCCAAACCUUGUACCACCUCGAGCUGAUUUAUUCCCUCUGUCCUGUGCCUGCUGCCUGCCCUGCCUCCUGGACCCCACAGGUACAACGCCUACCGUACACCAACGUUUCCACAGUUUCGGACCCAGUAUAUCCGCCGGCGCAGCCAGCUGCUUCGGGAGAAUGCCAAAGCUGGUCACCCCCCAGCAUUGCGUCGGCAGUACCUGAGGCUACGGGGCCAGCUAUUGGGCCAACGGUACGGGCCACUCUCAGAACCAGGCAGUGCUCGUGCCUAUAGCAACAGCAUUGUCCGCAGCAGCCGAACAACCCUUGAUCGAAUGGAGGACUUUGAAGAUGACCCCAGAGCCCUGGGGGCUCGAGGACACCGCCGAUCUGUCAGCCGAGGUUCCUACCAGCUGCAGGCACAAAUGAACCGUGCAGUCUAUGAGGACAGGCCUCCUGGCAGUGUGGUACCCACGUCGGUGGCAGAGGCAAGUCGGGCCAUGGCCGGGGACACGUCGCUGAGUGAGAACUAUGCCUUUGCAGGCAUGUACCAUGUUUUUGACCAACACGUGGAUGAGGCAGUCCCAAGGGUGCGCUUCGCCAAUGACGACCGGCACCGCCUGGCCUGCUGCUCCCUGGACGGCAGCAUCUCCCUGUGCCAGCUGGUGCCUGCCCCACCCACUGUGCUCCAUGUGCUACGGGGCCAUACACGUGGCGUCUCGGACUUCGCCUGGUCCCUCUCCAAUGACAUCCUUGUGUCCACCUCCCUCGAUGCCACCAUGCGCAUCUGGGCCUCCGAGGACGGCCGCUGCAUCCGUGAGAUCCCUGACCCUGAUGGCGCCGAAUUGCUCUGCUGCACCUUCCAGCCAGUCAACAACAACCUCACUGUGGUGGGGAACGCCAAGCACAACGUGCAUGUCAUGAACAUCUCCACAGGCAAGAAAGUGAAGGGUGGCUCCAGCAAGCUCACCGGCCGCGUCCUCGCCCUGUCCUUUGAUGCCCCUGGUCGGCUGCUCUGGGCAGGCGAUGACCGCGGCAGUGUCUUCUCCUUUCUCUUUGACAUGGCCACAGGAAAGCUGACCAAAGCCAAGCGACUAGUAGUGCAUGAAGGCAGCCCUGUAACCAGCAUUUCUGCCCGGUCCUGGGUCAGCCGUGAAGCACGGGACCCCUCUCUGCUCAUCAAUGCCUGCCUCAACAAGCUGCUACUCUACAGAGUGGUGGACAACGAAGGGGCGCUACAGCUGAAGAGAAGCUUCCCCAUUGAACAGAGUUCCCACCCUGUACGCAGUAUCUUCUGCCCCCUCAUGUCCUUCCGCCAGGGGGCCUGUGUGGUGACAGGCAGUGAAGAUAUGUGCGUUCACUUCUUUGACGUGGAGCGGGCAGCCAAGGCUGCUGUUAACAAGCUGCAGGGCCACAGCGCGCCCGUGCUUGACGUCAGCUUCAACUGUGACGAGAGUCUGCUGGCCUCCAGUGAUGCCAGUGGCAUGGUCAUCGUCUGGAGACGAGAGCAAAAGUAGGGUUCUGUCACCCUGUGCUGCCCACUGAUCCCUCCUCCUUCACUCCAGUCUUGCGUUAUAAAUUAAAUUCCUGUGGUUGUGUUGAAGGGCUCUCAGCUCUCCCACCAGGAGGCAGUAGGGAGCUCUCAGGCCUCCAGUGGAGUGGGGACCAGUUCCUCGAUUGUGCAGUGAUGUGCUCAUCCAUUCAACAAGCACUUGCUGAGCAUCUGCUGUGAUGUAUCACGUAGGCAUGCAGUCAGUAGAAGGAGGGAGGGUACCAACUGUGGUCAGGAGCUGUUCUGGGAAGUAGGGAUACAGCUAUGGCUUCAACUGAAAUUCCUACCCCUGUGGGCUGGCAUCCCAGCAGAGGCAAGCAUACAGGAGACAGACGUUCUGAGCUGUUCUGGGAAGUAGGGAUACAGCUGUGGCUUCAACUGACAGAAAUUCCUACCCCUGUGGGCUGGCAUCCCAAUAGAGGCAAGCACAUGGGAGACGAAAGUACAGCCAUUCCUUGGUGUAGAAUUUGCUUUAUAAUUUUUCAACUUUAUAAAUUUUUGACCUUCCAGUGGUAGCGAACCACACGCAUAUACCCAGUUCUGGUUUUCUCCUUUCAGUAUGGUGUUCAGUAAAUUAUGUGAGCUAGUCACUUUGUUAUAAAAUAGACUUUGCAUUAGGUAAGUUUGCCUAACUGUAGAAUAAUGUCAGCGUUGUGGGCACAUUUAAGGUAGGUGACACUAAGCUAGGGUGUUCGGUAGGUUAGGUAUAUUUAUGCAUUUUCAACAUAAGACAGUUCAAGACAGAUUUGUUGGGGUCUAACCCCGUGUGAUGAAGUCACAUCUGUAUAUAAUAGAGUUAAAGAUGAGUGCUAGGAAGAAAAGCAAAGGGCCAGAUGAGCUUGCACAAAAGGGAGGGGCAAAGUCAUCAGGAAGAGUGUUCCCAACCAGAUGACAGUUUUAAAGAUCUGAGUGAAAUAGAGCCUGGAAUAAUGUGAUUGGGCGGAGUGUAUGAGAUGAUGGGAGACAGGUCUUUGGGACAUCUUGGGCCAUAGCAAGGAAGGAAGCUUUCCUUAUUCCCUGAGUGAGGAAGGUGAGGAAGGCUCAGACAGCAGUAGGGAAAUUAGGUGCAGAAUGUUAAGUUCAACCACGGGGCUUUCACCAGGUUAGGUUGUCAAACUCCCCAACAUUGGCAGCUACUGUUUGGGUGGACCCCACACUUGCCUGUGCGUUGAGUUGUGUCCCACAAGCAGUGAGCAGAAGUGUCGAGUUCUUGGAGCUAGAUUAGCAUGCAUACAGCCAUGAACUCUGGGGCUGAGCCACAGUUCCUGCUGUGGGGUGGAAGAAACAGAAAAUCUCUAAGCUCACCCCUGUCUCCUGCCAUGUCUAUCUGGGGCCCUUAUUUCAGUCCUGGACCUGCUCAGAGACCAAAUACUAAUGUUCAUUAUUGAGUAUUGGCAAGGAGAUAAAUUACUAAAUGACUCUUGGUAAUUAGGUCAUGACGAAAUGUGAAGGUUUGAAGAAUCACCAGGAGUUCUUGCAGCUCCCAUAUGCUACUACAUUUGUAGCAAUUGGAACUUUGGCUAACAUCCUGGAACCGCUGAGUCUUGCCAACCUGGUGAUCUAUAGAACUAACAGCAGCUCUUUGAGGAAAAAAGAUGAUUUCCUAUUUGUUUCGUUUCUUGUUUAAGAGUAUGGUCACUUCCAGCCAAAACAUUUCUGACUCCAUCAGUCAGAUUUUAGGCAAAUGGUUAUUAGAUUGGAAUGUUAGUGAGCUGGACUGGUCAUUGUAGUCAAGAUCAUAUAUGUGUGCCAACAUCCCUAAUCCAGCUUCAGGGUCAGUGAUUUUUCUAUGAGGACUGUAACUUACUAUAGCAAAGGGUGCCAGACAGCAAUUAAGUGCUAAUCUCUUUAAAGACCCUCCCAAGGUUAGCAGUUCAGACCUGUGCACUGGCUCUUCUGUACCAAAUGGAUGCACUUAUUCAGCCAAGGUCUGGGGGUAGCAACAGAAUUUGGGUACAUAACAGUUUUCUCUAACUUUCUCCUUUUCUUCACUCUCUCCAUUUUCUUUAAUGAGUCUGGUUUCAGGAUGAUUGGUGAUGAAUAUUGUUUGCAUGAUUUUGGGGGGGUUCCUUGUGCAAUUUUUGAGGUGGCAGAGUUGACAUUAAAUUAUCUACUUUAAAUUAUCUUGGUGACACUUUUGUCUCACAACCUGAAGGAAAAUAAACACUGAGCAAACAAGAAAGAAUAAAAAAUAAUGUUGCUGGUUAGA